CUGAGCGACUUUCAACACGAAUUGUAAGAGUAUUUAUGAAUUGGCAGCAGGAAAGCAAGAUGAGGGUAAUGGGCAGCGCUCGGCCCCCAGGCAGGGUUUGGCUCUUCACAGCGACCCUCUUUUCCCUCGCACCUGCCGUCCUCUCUGCAUGCUCAGGUCCCCUGGGGAUGGCAUCAGGCGACAUAUUGGACUGGCAGAUCUCAGCGUCGUCAGCGUUCCCGUCAUCACGGGACUCAGGCUGCCACAUGCGGUACGCGCGCCUGCACCAGCCCAACGGCCGCGCCUGGUGCUCAGGCAGGAAGGUGGCCGGCGAGUGGCUGCUCGUCGACCUCGGUGUCGCGGCCAAAGUGACAGGCGUGUUGACACAGGGUAAAGGUGACGGUAAGGAGUGGGUGACGUCAUACCAGUUGUCGUACUCAAUGGACGCCUACGUCUGGAACUACGUAACUGACCACUACGGUGACAAAAAGGUGUUCAGUGGCAACACGGACUCGCGCACGCCACGCCACAACUACAUCGUGCCUCCCGUAAAAGCUCGCUUCAUCAGACUACACGCGCUCUCAUGGCAUACCCACCCCUCGCUCCGGCUCGAGCUUCUUGGCUGCCAAGAGUGCAAGCAGAUCGUAAGCGAGGGCGUACAGGUUCGUGUCACCGCCAGCUCGCACCUCUCCUGGAACCGCCGCAAGUCUUGUGAGCCUCACGAGGUCGCUCUGCUGUCGCACCGAGCCUGGUGCGCUAAGAGGAAGAAGAAACAUCAAUGGAUCCAAUGGGAUCUCGGGCCCCCGCACAAGAUCACAGGAAUCAUCACGAAAGGACGCGGGGACUCCCGCAGGAGGCACUGGGUGCAGUCCUACACACUCACCUACUCCAACGACACGGUCAUCUGGUACACUUAUAAAGACACCAACCACCUCGACGCCAAGGUAGUUUACCCGUCAAAUACUCGCUGCCUCUUUCAUGCAGAAAUUACUGUGCUCUAUAUUGCAUAUAGUCCUCAUGAGGGCGACUGCGGCCAGAGGUUCUUCAGGGUGUCCCAUGAUACGCCAUGUGUUGAGAACCUGGCGUGGUCUGGUCGUACGUGGGUGAACGACAUCCGACACCAGUGGUCUGGCUGGCACUACGGACGGGCAGGUCUUGCCGUGGACGGUUCCUUGAACACGUCCCUACCGCGCUGCGCCGUCCUCGACAACUUCAGCGUCGACGAGCCCGUGUGGAUGGUCGACCUCGGGACCAGGGAGGAUGUGAAGGGGCUCGUCAUCGUCACGUGGCAGGGAGAUGGUCAAGACAACCAAACACUGUACCGAGACUACGUGUUCGGGCUGGAUAAACUGAGCGCGUACGUGGAGCUGCGGCCGCGGCUCUCAGAGAUCUCAGAGAAGCGCGAGUGCGGCACCGUGACGAGGCUCAACAACGCUGUAUUUUUGGAGCGAGUGCACAUUGAAUGUCCUCAACCAAUAAGAGGUCGCUACGUGUACCUCAAAGGCACAGGAGUAGCCAACCGUUGGCACAGACUUUUUUCCAUAGUGUUAUGCGAAGUGCUUGUUUACUAAACUUCUACGUGAUAACAUAACAACAGAGAGACAAUAAAUAUACCCAGCCAGUGAAAGUGUAUUGUGCAGAAUAGUAACUUCACGUAAAAAUACAAACUGAAACAUAUGCCCCAUAUCGUUCUUGGUGCAUAGAUUUAAGGAGAAGGUUUCAACAAUUACACCGAAUUUAAGUUUUAAAUGGUCGUUUAACAGCUAACAAAAUUAUAGCAGUGCCGAUGAAAAAUAAUCUGUGUCGUAUUAAGCAAGUAAUUACAAAAAAAAAUAUCUUUUUUUUCAAGGCUUAAGCAGAAAGUUUCUUCAGGCGCGCGAAAAAUAUAGUUAUCCCUGGAGUGCGAGAAACCAAAAAUUUCUUCUGCAAUAUUUCUAUUUUUGUUUAUUCAGAAAUAACUUCGUGACUCAUUCAAAUGAGAUAUCAUUUAUUGUAUUGACUGCUGUUAUACAGGAAUAUCCAAGUUAGGCCAAGUGAAUCUAUAAAAUUGCUCGCAUUUUAAAACGCAAGAUAACAUGGAUAACAUAUAAUUCAACGAUUUUCAAGUGCAAAUGUAUUCAUUGCUCUCUGAACCAUAAAUGAAUUUUCAAAGCAUACAAGUAUUAUUUUACUUGAACUGCAAUUAUGACUACGAGUUUUUAGUGCCAAUUAUCUACCUAAAAUAUCGCUCUCUAUUUCCACUGAAGAAUCUCCUUCCCCGUCAUAUAUUUACAAAUUAAUUACUGAGCCAAUUUCCGUGUGCUUUGACUUUGAUACUUAGAUGUAUUUUACUGAUGUGUGUACUGUAAAGGAGAAAAUAAUAUUAGUGAUGUCCCCCCAAUGUUCCGUGCUAUGCAGUUUGGUGCUACAGUGAAAUCAGUGGUAACGUAAUACGUGUUGUAAUUUUCCUUAUCGUUGUAAGCAUUAAAGUGUUACUUUAGUUUCUAUCUUAGAUAUUAUUUUGAGUCCAUCUUUACUUAUUUACUUCAAUAUACGUAAGCUGAUACAGAUAAGUUUUAUUUCAAGACAUUUCAUUUCAUAGCCAUUGCCACGCCAAAUGAACUUAACAGACCUUCACAUUUAGCAGUACUUAAUUUAAAAUUAUUAAUGUUUCCGUCAUCAGGAAACAUUUUCAAAACUCUAUAGUGUGUAGGUAAUUAUUGCGUCUAUUUUGUUUCUUUUUAACAUUUCAUUGUACUUUUACCUCCAAUGUUUUUUCAUAGCCAAAACUUGAAUUGUGCACUAUGCUGGUUGUGCGAAAAUAGCUGCAGCAUUCGGAAAUAAUGAGAAAUUUUUUGAAAUAACCUCAAAUUAUUAUAGAAUACAUUCACUUACGGGUUCCGUGCGAAGCAUUCAUCGGUUAACGUAAUUUGGGCGCCUAAAGUUUGCGGUAAAAUUUUUAUAGUUCAAAUAUUAUUAAGUUGUUUUCAAGCAGUUAAAAAAUAGAAGAUAAAAACAGAAUAUAAUUCUGUUCAUCUGGAAGUUUUUCCAUUUGUCGUUGGCAUCGCGUUCGUGGUUCUAAACAUUGACGUCUGUUCAACUCAGUGACUUUAAGUAAAAGUUGACUCUUAGCCUCUUCAAUGUCAGGGCAAAAAUUAUCAGAAUAAUUAAUUCAGAGAAGGGUUAUCGCGCAUUAUAAAUAUUAACAGUUGUAGUAUUUUCAAGCCCAUUUUACUUCGAGAAAAUACUAUUCAUUCUAACUGCAUCAAAAACCGCAAUCGCAAGUGUUCAAACUUUGGAAGCAUUAAUCGUUAUUUGCGAAUGCAAUAUUUAUCAAGACAUCAUUCUUAAAAUCUAAUAUUAACCAAAAGUAUAGUACCAAUGCAUAUGUUAUUUCUGAGAGAUCUCCGGUGCCUCAAUGUCUUCAUUCCUUCAAUCCAUCACAAAUGUUUGCAAUAUUGUACAUAGCGAAUAGCAUUAGAGCUGUCGUAGAGGGGCUUCCAACAUAUCGUAUAUGAUAUAUAGAACAGUUCCUUAUAUCAGCAAGCUAUAAUUAUGUCGUAUUCUUAAAUGUAAGUGCAUUAAAGCUUGGACUUUUUCUA